UCUUGGUUUUUUUUCCCUAAACACAGCAGCCCGAUCAAGGGAGGAUCUUGGUUUUCUUUCCCUAACCCAUUCCAAUUUUCCUAACCCUAUACACAGCAGCAGCGCCGGACAUUCUUCUUGUUCUUCCUCUUCAUCUGAUUUUUGGUCUCCGAUUGCUCACGCCUUUUCGAAAUUUUCAGGCGAGCGCUAAAGCCUCGACUGGAUGGUUGGCGCCUUGCCUGAGCUUUAACUACACUGUUUGUUUUAGAAUGGAAUUGGAGUGCUUGUUAUGGAUUGGACACAUGUGGAAGGAGGUUAUGAGCAUCUUCCCUGCAAAGAAUGUAAGAGCUCUUCCUAGUGAAAUCGUUUUUGAAAUACUGUCUAGGCUCCCAGCAGAUGAAGUUCUCAAAUGUCGUCGUGUCUCGAAAGAAUGGAGGGCGAUUGUUCCGACUCCGUAUUUUUCUCGAUACCACCUUGCAAGAGCUUCCCCGAUUGUUCUUAUACAAUAUUUAAUACCGGAAAUAUCAAAUUGCGGUGACAGUGUGUUGAAAUUGUAUUUUCUUGAUCUAGGAGCUAAGAAGAAGCAGAUGGUAAAAGAUUAUUGCAGUAAGCCCGCUUUCGUCAUGCCAAAGCGCUUGCAUCGUGUUCUUUUUAGCUAUAAUGGAUUGAUUGUAUUGGAGACGGCCUAUUUUAGAUUGGAAUCCCCGAAUUUCUCUAUUUACAAUCCGAUCACACAAGAGGAAAUAACCUUGAAAAAGCCAUUUGGGGCAGGCUAUCUCUGUGCUAUUUAUUUUCAUAGUUUGACAAGAGAAUACAGACUGAUUUAUACAUACAAAACUUGCAUUGGCAACUGCUGGAACUAUGUAAUAACUGCUACUGGUAAGUGGAUAAAGCUUGAGACUAGUAGUUUUGCGCCGCCUCUCAAGUGUGCUCCUGUAAACAUUAAUGGUUUUGUUUAUUGGAUGAUUGCGAGUAAACUUAUAGAUUAUAAAGCUGCUUUUCCUCCUCUAUGCAGUGCAUCUGUAAUCACAUUCGACACAGAAACAGAGGAAAUCCGGGUUAGGGCUCAUCCAGGGAAGAGAUGCGAUAGGUGUCAAGAUGAGCAACUAUAUAUGAAACUCUUAAAUGUGGAGAACCGGUUAGUAUAUGCUCGCAUAUAUCUAAAUCUCAUAACCAUGUGGAUGCUUGAAGAUUCUACAGAAUGGCUUUGGGCUGAGAGGUAUAACAUUAAGCUUGAUUUUAAUGUGAAACAGAACCCAUAUAUGAUAGGACUCCCAUGCUAUUAUAUAAAGCUUAUUUACAUGCAAGACGGACAACUGCUAAUUUAUUGGGAUGGUGUAGGGUUGUUUCAAUAUCAUUUGGAGCUGAAAACGUUGAGGAAAAUUGAUAUUAAAAUUAAAGGAUUCCGUUUAAUGUCUUUUACUUGGGUUAAUUUAAGCUUCAUUUCUUACACCAAAAGCUUCGAGUUUUGGGGUAAAGGGUAGUAUAGGGUUGUUUCAAUAUCAUCUGGAGCUGAAAAUGUCCGGGAAGGAAGCGAUUUAAUGUAUUUUUUUGUUCGUUUAAUUUAUGGUUGAUUGCUUACACCAAAAGCUUCGAGUUUUGGAGCAAAAAUGUAUGAUAAUUUUCGUUAUCAUUCUCAGUUGAUCUUUUAAUGUUGGUUGUUGGUGGCGAUUCCAUGUUAUGAUUAUUUGAAGCGUUCUCGACAUAAUAUUGGCACAUGUGUUUUACUUCAUGACUUUUCUGAAUGGUAUUACCGAAAUGCAGUUCGGUUGGGCGUGAUUCACAGUAAAUGGCUUGGCAAAAGUAGUGUGGUCUGUGCGAAGCAUGUCGUCACUCCAUCACCUUUCACAGCCCCUACGUAUUUUGAUACAACCUGUGCUCACUGUCUCUUCAUGGUCUUGAUGAUCCUGAGAAAUGCUGCGCCUUGUGUAUUCAUUUCCGGCCGGUAAUUUUUCUCUGGCGUGGAACAACCAAUAAUUGGUGCGUAUUGGCUCAAUUCAGUCCUGAUAUAGUUAUAGUUUUGUUUAAUUGCUAUGAUUUGUACAUGAGUGUUUGUUUGAUUAUUUUAAUUUCAGCUAUGAACCCCUGAACC